CUUCGUUAACGGUGCGUACCAUGAUAUUUAAUUUAGACAUUGUAAAAUCCCCCACUUUCAAUUAAACUAUAAUUUGAAAGUAAAAUGCACAGAAAUAAAGAGUGGGUUGGUUAGUUCCAACUUCGGUCUAGAGAAGAGAUCAAGUAGAACAGAGGUUUUUUCUAGAGCAAUGCGAGCCGCUUUGAUUGUCUUUUCCGCCCUUGUGGCAACCGCUUGGGGCUACUCUGCCGGCGCCCCCGAAUCCGUCUGUGAUGAUAUGAUUCCUAAGCACCCAGUCUUGCCCCAAAAAUCCCCCCUUCCUUACACUGUUUCAGUCAGCAAGAAGGAAGCCAAACCUGGUGAAACUAUCGAUAUUACGAUCGGAGGUAAACCGUUUAAGGGAUUUUUACUGCAGGUCAGGAAUGGGGAACAUGCCGUUGGCUCGUUCCAAAUCCCCGAAACCGAUAAAUUAGCGAAAAGUAUCAACUGUCACGGGACUAAAGCUAGCGCUGCCACACAUAAAAAUGCCGUUGAGAAAAACAACCUUGUCUUGAAAUGGAAGGCACCAGAAAGCUCCGGAAAUUACCAAGUCUUCGUGACCGUGGCCGAGGAUGGAGGAACCUUCUGGGCACAUCAACCAAGCCAGAAGAUCAAAAUCGCCUAAAUUAUAACACAGUUCAGUAGUUUGUAUUGUGGUCUAGUACAGUAAUUAGAAUAACACAAUGUCUGUAACUGUACCAAUAAAACCUAUUGAUGAAAUAAAGACUUUAUUUAAAUCGC